AUGCCUACUUGCAAACCCAAGCUCGCGCAGUUGACAACGCCCGUCACGGCCAACUUCCCGUCAGAGCUCCAAGCGCUCUCGGCCAAGAGUCCACUCUCAGCAGUUCCCGACUUUAUCAAAGAGGAGCAUACCAAGACUCCCAUUAGCCCGCCAGUGGCCUACAUGGACUUCCUGAAGGCCAUGUCGGUGGCAUCUCCCGUUGUGCCGGAGAAGAGAUCUGGCAGCUCCAGCGAGGACGAGGACGCCGCUCAGGAUUCCAUGCCUUCCACAGCCAGCAGCGAACGAACAGACUGCUCAUGCAAAUGCGGGAACCACAACUCGCCUCUUACGGGCAUUCCUCCUAGCCCAUUUCCCAGCCUUCCCAUGUCGGCACCACCAACUGGCGCAACCUCAUUCCCCAGCUUACGUAUCCCGCCGUCCCCGGCUGUGUCUACUCUGGAAUCACCCAUGAGCGCAACGGCACGGUCACCUUUCAGCGCAAGAUCGGUGCGCUCUCCAUUCGACUGGGAAGCAGCACUCAAGGCUCGGUAUGCGCAAGACUCCAAGGCAACCAAGUCGUCAGGGAGGAGUGUGCGGCACAUCAGGGAGGUUGUGACGCGGACCGUCACUUACACGCCGCGAAUGGACCCGGCGCCGAAGGGCAAGCGGAGGAAAUUGGAAUGCACCAGAUCGGCGGCCGCCAAAGCUCAGGCAGCUGCAGCGAUAGCAGCGGCGUCAGCAUCUUCGUCACCAUCACCGCCAGCACUAAAAACAGCACAGGCACCAGCACCCGCUCCUCCUGCACCAACAACGAGAUCGAAAGCCGCUUGA